AUGCGCUGCACUGCGGUUAUCUGGUGCAGUUAACAAGUUAUGCUGAUUCUUUUCAAAGUUAUGAGGAGCUCAUAAAAUUUUGACAGUGACAAAGUUGAUUCCAAUUCUUUCUAGCAAAUUAAAAUUACUCGUUUAUUCUUCUGUAUAAAUUGGAUACCACUUGAGGGGUCUGAGAGACUCAUUCCACACUUGAAUGUCGGAGAUAUUUGUUCAAGAAUUGCGGCGUGGUCUGUUCAAUAUCCACUGGAAAUUUGCAGGAAGUUCCAAGAAACCAAAGAAAGUUGAACAAGUUGAGCUUUGUGGAUCCCAGGCGGAACAACGAAUAACCAUAUCUUACAAAGAAGAUUCCAAAAGAGAAGGAGGCAAUUUUAAUUCAAGGUACCAAUAUACCCUCUUUGUGGAAGGAAGUGAUAAUUCACAACUCAGUCCUAGCAGUCAAGUUGUUCAAGACAUGCAACUGGUUCAAGAACAGGUGUGUGGAGUAAACAAAGAAACAUUCGUGAAAAAAGAAUCACCUGCAAAACUGUUGAAAUCUGAAAUGUCCCGUCCCAUAAACAUUUGGAUAAGAAGCCCAUUCAUAAAAGGAAAAGACUUUCCGCUCGAAAAAGUUGAUUCUUUCAAGUGGAAAACUGUACACUGUAUCAAUGAGCGACAAGAUUCUCUUAUUUUGUACGUGGAUUUUGGCACGACUAAGAAAAGUGAACGAAACAUCAUCACCGGAUUGACUGAGAUGUUCAACAACCAACAACGCUGCGACGUCCAGUUCAAGUUUAUAAAUGAACAAACGAUCGGUGCCCAUAUUUUGAUUUUGUCUGCUGGCAGUCCCGUCUUCGCUGCAAUGUUUCAGUCGGGCAUGUUGGAAUCACGAACCCGUCAGGUGACUAUUACAGACAUCGAUGAGGAAGUCUUCCGGCAGCUAUUAAUUCACAUGUACUCGGGCAGUGCACCGAAAAUAGAAAAAGAAAACAUCGCCCAACCGCUCUACAUAGCUGCGGAAAAAUACGACAUCGAGACCCUCAAAAGCGAUUGCAUCGACGUGCUACUGAAAAAAUUGGACAUCGACAACGCCAUCGAAAUGUUACUUUGGUCUCAUUUGCAUUUCAUCCCAAAGUUGUUUGAAAACGCCCUGAAGUUCUUGAAACAAAAUAGACGCCAGAUCUGCCACCGUCCCCAAUGGCUAGACUUCACCAAGAACCAACCGGAAUUGUGUGCGUUUGUCACACAGCGUAUGGUUGUUUAAUGUGAUUAAAUUAAAACAAAAAACUUUUGCUGUUACUGUAUGUUGAUUGCACAGCGCGUAUACUUUUUUUUACAACACAGAAAACCUUUUUGUACUUUUUAGAACUUCGUGAAAUUAAUGUAAUAAGGAAAUAAAUCUUUUAAAACUAG